AUGAAAUCUAAGAAUGGACGGAACCCCCUAGCCUGCACUUGUGGAAAAAUCAUCAGACUAUGGUUUCUCUUAGGACUCUUUAUAUUAUUAGCUAUGAUCUGGAAGCAAGGCAAAAAGAGUUGCAAAUGCUCCAGAAUGACAGCAUCCAUGGAUACAGAAAGAAAGAAGAUAAUAAUUCCAGAGUAUUCUUUUUGGAAGAAACCAAAGAAUCUAAACAUCAGCAUACCUGAAAGCGCUUGGGGUCCUUUACCCAUUACAUAUCAAUACCUUGUUGGAUCGCCUUCCUCUGAAAUGAGGUUCUUGAGCAUUGGAAUCUCAUCAAUCUAUAAAAAGAAGGAACAGCAUUUAUUGGGGACAGUUGAGUCCAUUUUCAGUCACUGCUCUGCAGAAGAACUGGAGAAGAUCUUCCUAGUGAUAUACCUUGCCAAUAAUGAUUCUCAGAUAAAUGUCCAAACUGCCAAAGAAAUUAAAGCAAAGUUUAGUGAACAUGUCGCUGAAAAAAGAUUACUUGUUAUCCAAAGCUCUACAACAAGUUAUCCUCCAUUAGGGAAUUUGAAAGAAGGACAGUGGGACAAGACGAACGACAUCGGCUAUGCAGCCAAACAAAACGUGGACUAUGCUUAUUUACUUAAUUUCUGUGCCAAUCUGUCCCACUAUUAUUUGAUGUUAGAAGAUGAUAUUGUUUGUGCCACCAAUUUUGUAUCCAUCAUACAACGUUACUUACAUGAUACCAAGUUACACUGGACCACAAUAUCAUUUUCCACACUGGGCUUCAUAGGGAAGCUCUAUCAUAACACUGAUCUUACUAGGUUAGCCCGAUUCCUCUUGAUGUUCUAUCGCAACAUGCCUGGAGACUACCUCCUUGAACUGUUUCAUAAAUCAAGGGCGCAAGAAAUUCUCAUAUCCUUCCGGCCUUCCCUUUUCCAACACGUAGGGAGGGUUUCUUCGUUUCACAAUAUUGAAACUGAAAUCAAAGAUUCGGAGUUUGACGAAGAUUUUGGAGACUGGGGAGAUAUCGUUAGUGCUUCGUGUUUCACAAACAUUCCCAUUGUUUUAAAUUACACACCGGAAAAUGUCUGCCCUCCUCGAAAUGAGGUCUUUUGGGGCAAGGAUGUGACAGCAAAUAGCUUUUUCAUCAUUGUUUUUGGGAAUCCAAUUGUUGCCCAGAAGGUUCUGAUUUACACAGGGUCAGCUGAAUAUAGUAAGGACAUCCUCUAUGGUGGUCUCGUCGAAGAGGGAAGACUCAAAGUUUAUUUAGAUGAGGGGCCAACAUGCCUGAUUUUCAGACAAAUAGGAAAAUUUAAGAAUGGACGUUUUGAAUUUGAAGAUAAGCAAAGAAACAAGGAGAUAGAGUGUCUUCGAAUUCAAGUCACAGAGCCACAAAAGGAAUGGCUGAGAAUAAGGAGAAUUAAUAUUUGGGUGAAGAAGUAUUGA